AUGGCUGUCCCAACUGGUGCUCAGCUAAUCGCCCGGACGCUGCGCGAUCUAGGCGUCACCGUUAUCUUCGGCAUUGUUGGCAUCCCCGUGGUGGAGAUUGCCGAAGAAGCCAUCGAUUUGGGCAUCCGCUUCGUUGCCUUCCGCAAUGAGCAAGCAUGCAGCUACGCAGCGAGCGUCUAUGGGUACAUGACAGGCCGGCCAGGCGUCUGUCUUGUCGUAGGAGGGCCGGGUGUUCUCCAUGCCAUGGCUGGGAUUGGUAACUCAGCGGCCAACAACUUCCCUCUCCUUGUUCUCGCCGGCUCCGCAGAGACAUCAGGCGUCUCCAAGGGCGCCUUCCAAGAAAUGGACGCUAUCUCCUUCCUCACCCCGCACACCAAGUUCGCGGUGCGCCCACCGUCGCUCGACUAUGUCGCCGGUGCCGUCCAAAAUGCUUACAGAACGUGCUGGUACGGCCGUCCCGGACCGACUUUCGUCGACCUGCCCGCCGACCUCAUCCAGGGCAAAUCGACGCCUGGCUUUCGGUUACCGGAGCCGGAAACUCUACUUGUCCCUGCGCCCCCCAAGGCCAGUGGGGACCCUGCGUCAAUCUUGAAGGCUGCUCAGCUGCUCAGAUCCGCGCGCUCACCACUGCUGAUCAUCGGCAAGGGAGCUGCGUAUGCACGGGCGGAGGGUGCGAUCCGCCGCCUGGUCGAGCAGACGCAGGUCCCAUUCCUGCCGACGCCGAUGGGGAAGGGCGUGGUGCCCGAUUCGCAUCCUCUGAAUGUGUCCAGUGCGCGGAGCGCGGCGCUGAAGCACGCGGACGUGGUGUUGGUUCUUGGGGCGCGGCUGAAUUGGAUCUUGCAUUUCGGUGAGCCGCCGAAGUGGUCGCCCACAGCGAAGAUCAUCCAGGUCGAUAUCUCUGCGGAGGAGAUUGGCCGGAAUGCCGGAACGGCGGAGCUCGGGAUCAUCGGGGACAUUGAUUUGGUUGUGCAGCAGCUGCUGACCAGCCUCUCGAACUGGCGGUAUGCUUCCUCUGCGGUUCCGAGCCAGUACCUCACUCUGCUGGCGGAGUCGGCGAAGAAGAACGAGGCCAAGGCUCAGAAGGCUGCGAUGCUUCCUACACCGAAGAAUUCGCCCUUGACGUAUCAGCGGGCUUUCCAUAUCAUCAAGUCUACGCUAAACUCAUUGACACCCUUCGAAGAAGGAAAUGUGGUGUAUGUGUCGGAGGGCGCCAAUACCAUGGAUAUCUCGCGCUCUGUCUUCCCACUUAAUCAUCCCCGCCAGCGUCUGGACGCUGGCACGUAUGCCACGAUGGGUGUGGGCAUGGGCUACAUCAUUGCCGCUCACGAGGCGUUCAACGCUUCUCCAGCCUCCACGGCAAAACCUAAGAAGAUUGUGGCGCUCGAAGGCGAUAGCGCAUUUGGCUUCAGUGCUAUGGAGAUCGAGACUAUGGCGCGGUACCGUAUCCCCGCGCUCAUCUUCGUUGUGAACAACUCCGGCAUCUACCACGGCGAUAGCGCUUCCGAGAGUUCAUGGAAACAGCUGCAGGCUCAGACGGCGACCAACGACACCAAAUCGGACGGCCAGGACGAUCAUAAGAAAGGCCUGCGCUCAACCAGUCUCUUGUAUGAGACUCGGUAUGAGCAGUUAGGUCCCAUGUGCGGUGGCAAGGGAUACUUUGUCCGUACGGAGGAGGAACUAGAGACUGCGACGCGGGAGGGGUUCCUGAGCGAUACAGUUACGGUUGUCAAUGUCAUUGUGGAACCGGGCAUUGGGCAGAAAAUCGGGUUUGCCUGGCAGGGGAAUGCCCAUGAGGGUCAGGCCAAACUGUAA